UUGGUGGACGUCGCGGAUUUUGAAACGGUUUUUCAACAAAACAAACAUUCGAUCAAGCCCACCGUCAAAUUCGCCUGCUUACUCCGUCUCACUUGUGCAGAGAUGGAUGAAGAAGAGAGCACAGAGCGACAGAUGCAGAUCGCCAUGCUGUGUCAGCGGCUGGCCAAGAUGAAGAAGUUAUACAACGAUGAUGACACGGAUUACAUCAACCAGGCCAUCAGCUCAAACUCCCCCGAUACCUGCCGGACGCUUCUGACCGAUCUGGAGAGGAAAGGCAAUCCUCAAACGGAUCCCAGCCUGCUCACUAAACUCAUCGACUGCUACACGCGUGUCUUUUCCAGCAUGCCGUUGGGCAAGUACAGUCAGAUAGAGAGCUACGCCAAGAUGCUGGUCAGAUUUGCGGAGUUGAAAGCCAUCCAAGAUGUAAAUGACGCGCAGGCUAGUUUUGACAUAGCGAGAUCCCACUGUAAGGAUUUUGCCUUUGUUCACAUUGCUUAUGCUCAGUUUGAGCUUUUGCAAGGCAACGUUAAGAAAUGCACUUUGAUUCUUCAGAAGGCUUUUGAAAUGAAUGCUAAACCCAGGCGCGUUCUGGAGGCUGCCGUGAGGAAUCUAAACGCAGGCAAACGCCAGCUCCUCUCGCAUGAAGAUAAGGAGAACUUAACCGUGUGUGCACAUGACGAUGCACACGAGUCUGUGAGAAGCAGCUCCAGAAGAUCUGAUGGAACAUAUGACCUGCAGAGCAGCAGCACUUUUCACCACGGGAGUGAUCAGAAGUUCAGUCCACCAGAGAACAUGGGCAUGCCUGUGUGGAGAGCAGGGUCACAACACAGAAGAACAGCCAUGGCAGAAAGAGUUCCCAUGGUGCCUCUCUCUAUCCCUGAAAACGAGAGCAGUGACCGUGACGGUGUUCAGAAACCAGAAGCUCCAGCUGCACACGGCAGUGGUUUCUCCAGGCAAACAAGCGGUUCAAAUGUCCGCUCCACGUUCCCCAUGUGUUCCUCAAGGAAAGGCACUCCGGAUGGGGACUCCUACAGUUUAUUAAACCUGAAGCCUCCUCUGAUCAGUCCAGAUCAUCUGAGGGGAAACACUGAAGAGGGCGACACCAUCACAGCACUCCUACAAAGAGCAGAAAGAAAAGAAACCGCUCGAACGGAAGAAACCACUGACAUAAACCAGCUCAUCAGCACAAACUCUCCUGAAAGUUGUCAGAUCUUCUUGAAGAACCUGGAGAAGAGAGGAGACCCUGGUUCAGACCCGGCGUUUCUCUUCAAACUCCUGGACUGCUACUCUAAAGUGUUCGCCAGGUUUCCUUUGGCAAAGCAUUGCAAAACUGAAAGCUAUGCUCGAAUGCUAGUGAGAUAUGCAGAGCUGAAAGGGAUUGAAGAUCCAGAAGACGCUCCGGAUCAUUUCAGUAUUGCCAGAUCGCACAGUAAAGCUUUUGCUUUUGUGCAUAUCGCACAUGCUCAGUUUGAGCUCUCACAAGGUAACUCUAGGAAGAGUAAUUUGAUUCUGCAGAAAGCGCUGAGCUCAAACGCACGGCCGGUUGAACUGCUGCAGACCGCUAUCAGAAAUCUCAAGUCUGGGAAAGCUCAUCUGCUUCCUGCGGAGCAUGAAGAGAACGCUGCAGAAUAUUUGGAAGCACCAAGUAACAGAAAGGAAGAAGAAAAUCCAGCGAAGGCUCGUGAGGAGCAGCAAAAGCCUCUUGCCAAGGAGACUUCAUCCGAAUGGAAGAUCCCGACUCUCAUCAACAAACAUGCGUCUCCGGAGGUCUGCUUACAGCUCACGCUUUUGAGUGAUCAGAAGUUCAGUCCACCAGAGAACAUGGGCAUGCCUGUGUGGAGAGCAGGGUCACAACACAGAAGAACAGCCAUGGCAGAAAGAGUUCCCAUGGUGCCUCUCUCUAUCCCUGAAAACGAGAGCAGUGACCGUGACGGUGUUCAGAAACCAGAAGCUCCAGCUGCACACGGCAGUGGUUUCUCCAGGCAAACAAGCGGUUCAAAUGUCCGCUCCACGUUCCCCAUGUGUUCCUCAAGGAAAGGCACUCCGGAUGGGGACUCCUACAGUUUAUUAAACCUGAAGCCUCCUCUGAUCAGUCCAGAUCAUCUGAGGGGAAACACUGAAGAGGGCGACACCAUCACAGCACUCCUACAAAGAGCAGAACGAAAAGAAACCGCUCGAACGGAAGGUAACUCUAGGAAGAGUAAUUUGAUUCUGCAGAAAGCGCUGAGCUCAAACGCACGGCCGGUUGAACUGCUGCAGACCGCUAUCAGAAAUCUCAAGUCUGGUAAAGCUCAUCUGCUUCCUGCGGAGCAUGAAGAGAACGCUGCAGAAUAUUUGGAAGCACCAAGUAACCGAAAGGAAGAAGAAAAUCCAGCGAAGGCUCGUGAGGAGCAGCAAAAGCCUCUUGCCAAGGAGACUUCAUCCGAAUGGAAGAUCCCGACUCUCAUCAACAAACAUGCGUCUCCGGAGACCCCUGCCUCAGCUUUCUCAAACGAAUCCAUCACAAUCAAAGGCAAACAGUUCUUCAUUUUCAAGAUGAUUGGCAGAGGCGGAUCCAGUAAGGUGUAUCAGGUGUUUGACCAUAAGAAGCACGUGUAUGCUUUGAAGUAUGUGAAUCUAGAGGAGGCCGACGCUCAGGCUGUGGAAAGCUACAAGAAUGAGAUCGAGCACUUGAAUCAUCUUCAACAGUACAGCGAUCAGAUCAUUAAACUCUAUGACUAUGAGAUCACCAGCAGCUGCAUCUACAUGCUGAUGGAGUGCGGUCACCUGGAUCUCAACACCUGGCUGCGCAACCGCAAGUCCGUCAACCCCCUGGACAGGAAGUGCUACUGGAGGAAUAUGCUGGAGGCUGUGCACACCAUCCACAAACACGGUAUCAUCCACAGUGAUUUAAAGCCAGCUAAUUUUGUGAUUGUGGACGCGUCACUGAAACUGAUAGACUUUGGAAUCGCUAACCGUAUUCAGCCUGACGUGACCAGCAUCAUGAAGGACUCGCAGGUGGGGACUCUAAACUACAUGCCACCAGAGGCCAUUAAAGACACAUCCUCCAAUGGGAAACCAGGGUCAAAGAUCAGUGCUAAAGGCGACGUGUGGUCUCUGGGAUGUAUACUUUACUGCAUGACUUACGGAAAGACUCCGUUCCAGAACAUCACCAAUCAGAUCAGCAAAAUCCAUGCUAUCAUAGACCCGACCCACGAGAUCGACUUCCCCGAUAUCCCAGAGAAGGACCUGCUCGAUGUGCUGAAGAGGUGUUUAGUUCGCAAUCCUAGAGAGAGGAUUUCCAUAGCAGAGCUCCUCGAUCAUCUGUACCUGCAGCUGCAACCUGCACCUGAGCCAGCAGAAGCGUGUGCCGGUGAUUUGAAGAGGAUCCUCAAUGAACUGGCGGCUCUUCAGUCUCCCAACAGCAUCGCCAGAGCUGCUAGUAACCUGGCCAAGAUGUGCAACAGCGGGAAGAAGUUAGAUGUUUCUGAAUGUGUGAAAACAUCCAGUCAGAUGCUGUGGAAAUGACGAGGAUGGAGAUGAUGAAGGCUGCAGGACUCAAAACCACUGUUCCCAAACACUCAGGAGCUGCCGAGACAAAUGUCUCGCACCUCAAACAAGCUACAGUCAGGCAAACAGCGUCCACUAGCUGCUAUCUGCUUCACACUGUGCUUGAGAUGCUUUCAACAAAUGCAUGUUUGUUGUCCAUUUCUUCCGGUUUCUGAUUUUAUUUGACUACUAGAUGCAAUCUAAGAAAGUGUACAUGACAAAUAUACAUACCUUGUCAGGUAGAUUCUUUAAUAUAACAUAUAAUGCUGUUUUCUUGGACGUAACUCUAAUUUUGCAAUAUGAUAAAUGUUUUCACAGCUCUCAUUAUUCAGUGCGUUUAUUGUCUUGAUGCCAUUUCGUCAGAAUGCAUGAUUACUUUCCUGUGAUCAUCAAUCGAUUAAAAUACUUUCUACAGUUUGCAUUUAUAAGAUAUUCCUCCUGCUGGAAUAUGCCACCAAAAUAAUGUGCCUUCCUGUGUGAUGGCAUCGAGGAAUUGACUUCGGUUUAAGAUACAACAACAACAACAAAAAGAUGGAUGGUUGGCUGGAAAGGAAAAUUGUGGGCAGUAAAACCAUAUUGACUGAAACUAUAUUCUCACAUGUGCUGUUUGAAACAAUGUAGUUUGUGAUAUUAUGAAUAAAGAAAACAAAUAUGUUUGCUUGUAUAGUGUUUUAUAAUAUAUUCGUGCAUUCGUUUACCCAAAAAUGUAAUUCUGU